AGUAAAUAUACACACACACGCAAGUAGCAGGCGAAGAGGAGAACUGUGGGUCACAAAAAUGGUCCAGUAGGAGAGGAAGAUGCCUGUUACGGGUCAGAGCAGUCCCUGUCUGUGGACGCCGAUCCCUCAGAGUGGCCGGUCUCCAUGUGACCGCUACAAGCACGCCUGCUGCAGCUAUGAUGGACAUGUCUAUGUCCUGGGAGGCAGAGAAAACAGCUGUGUGAAGGACCUCUGGAGGUACAGUGUAGUAUGUAACGAGUGGACAGAGUUGAGCUGCGAUGGUGAAGCUGCACCAGAAGAGCUAGAGGAACAUUCUAUGGUGGCGUAUGAGGGCUUCCUCUAUGUGUUCGGUGGCAUGUUGGAUUCUGCAUACACCAAGUACAAAUGUGCCCUGUGGGUGUUUGACAUCGGGAAGCAGAAGUGGACUCCUUGCCAGGGAAAGACAAGCUCCCCUCAGAGGCAAAUGGCAACCAACAGAAAAGGACACAGUGCUGUGGUGCUUGGCUCUGCCAUGCUGGUGUAUGGAGGUCUCGUGGACAUGAAGGGGUCUUCACAGGACUUUUGGAGUUUGGAUUUUGACACUAUGACUUGGUCUCUGCUGAGUACAUUGCAGCAGAACUCGCUAGGCCCCGGACCCAGACACAGUCACUCAGCCAUGGUCUACCAGGACUGCAUGUACCUGUUUGGGGGCCUGAAAGGCCUGCGUGAGCAGAGAGACUUCUGGAAAUGGAAUUCAAGCAACCAAAUAUGGACUUCCCUUAGAACCAAGUCUGGUCCCACGAGGCUGAUGGGUCACUCAGCUGUGGCCUACAAAGACAGCAUGCUUCUCUUUGGUGGUGGCUUGAGCCAGAGCAGUCCAAAGAACAGUCUUUGGAGGUACAGCUUCGGCACGCAGACCUGGAGCCAGGUCGCUACACUCCCGGGCUCCAGCGCCCCAGACAAGAUCCACCACUGCUGUGCUGGACUUGGUCCUAGCUACAUGUUGGACACAAGCAGCCCGUCGUCCAGCUCCGGAUGCCAAGCUAAGCAACUCAGGCCCUUCAAGAACAAGUGUUUCCCAGCAUCGCUAACUUAUCUAGGAUCAGAGGGAGGCAUAGAGCUGGAGACAUUUAGCAUGGAGAAGUGCUACAGCAGCAAAACACUCCAAGCAGCCUCAAAGCUGGACAGAGAGGUUUUGAUGGGAAGCGAUGAACAACGGAUUACCUACUGUUUGACUUUUGAGAACAAAGCAUUCAGUAAACAGUGGAGCUGCACAGAGGAAGAUCUGCUCAACCAGGAGGACAGCGACAUCGUCCAGCACCUGCCUGAUAUGCUGCUGGUCCUCGGAGGAAGACCCUGCACCAGUCAUGGCCCCAUAUCCAUGUGGCAGAUGACUCUUACUGACUCAUAGCAACCCGGGAGAAAGACAACUUUCAUUAUCUAAGCUGAUGAAAAAAACAAAACAGUGUUAUAGUCUCACUUUGUUUACCUACACUCUGUAAAUAAGCAAAUAACUGAAUAUAUUUCUAUAUUACUGAUACUUGUGCAGUCGAUUAUGAAUGAUGUAUUUCUCACACUUAUCUUUUUUGUAGUUCUUAAAUAAAGCUUUAGAGCAGUA